UCUCAAUUUGAGCUCCGCAAAACCCAGAAAAAAAACGAGAGAUCAUGUCGAAGGAGAGAGCCAAACGCGGCACACUUCCUCCAGCUCAAGAGCAAAUUGAGAAAUUCGAGAAAGUUGUGGAGGGAGGAAACUACUAUGGAGCUCAGCAGCUCUACAAAUCAAUUAGUGCGAGAUAUAUCGCGGCACAGAGGUUUUCUGAGGCUUUGGAUAUCCUUGAGUCGGGUGCAUGCAUUCAGCUGAAACAUGGGCAGGUUACAUGUGGGGCUGAGUUAGCUUCUUUGUUUGUGGAAACACUUGUGAAAGGGAGAUUCCGUUAUGACGAUGAAACCCUCGUUCGUGUCAGGAAAAUUUAUAAGCAGUUUCCCAAGAUACCGGUGCCACAGCAGCUAGGGGAUUUAGAUGAUGACAUUCAACGACUUUCUGAAACACUUGGGACAGCAAAAACAUGUGUUGAAGGAUGCUCAUCAUUCCUUAAAGCGGCUAUCAAGUGGUCUGCGGAGUUUGGUGCCCCUAGGGCUGGGGCUCCAGAAAUACAUGUUAUGCUAGCUAACUAUAUGUACUUUGAAUCUCCUGAGGCGGACAUGGUUAGAGUCGCACAACAUUUUGUCAGAGGAAACAACCCUCAAGAAUUUGCUUCUACUUUAGUACAUUUUAUGGGCAAGUGCUAUCCAGGGGAAGAUGAUGUGGCCAUUGCAAGGGGAGUUUUAAUGUUUGUGGCUUUAGGUAACCUGAGAGAUGCCAAUGUUCUCAUGGAUGAGAUUAAAAAACAAGUAGAAGCCAAGCAGCUUGAAUUUCCUAAAUCCGACUUGAUGCAGUUCAUUAUUUUUCUUUUGGAAACGAUGCUGAGAGAUGCUUUUCCACUUUUUAAUAUGUUGAGAUCGAAUUUUAAAUCAACCAUAGACAGAGAGCCUACAUUUCACGAGUUGCUAGAUGAAAUUGCAGAGAAGUUUUAUGGAGUAAGGCGCAAAAAUCCGCUACAAGGAAUGGGAAUGUUUGGGGAGAUCUUUAAGAUGAUGGGAGGUGAUUAGUUAUGUUAUGGAAGUUCAAGCUCUUGCAACCUUGGCAGAUCCACCAAGAUACUGUUAUCGCAUGUUUGGAGUAAUUAUAUGUGCUCAACUCUGUAGAACAAUUGUUUCAUAGAAUUCAUGAAGUGUUUGUGAUGCUGUAACAUUAUUGUCUUCAAUAGUCAUUCAGUUUUGUAUGUACCGUUUCAUAAGAAUUUAUAUGAAAUACCUUCUAAACUGUA